AAAAACAACGAAUUGUGGGUGGUCGUUCAGGUGGAGCUGGUUGUAUUGUUUCAGCAGCUGGUGCUCCAUUUGCUAUAGGAGCAGAUAUUGGUGGAAGUAUUAGAUUACCUUCAUUUAUGAAUGGAAUAUUUGGUCAUAAAACAACACCUGAUAUUGUGCCAAAUGAUGGACAAUAUCCUCCACAUAAAGACCAUCAUCAAAAAUAUUUAUUAUCUACAGGACCCAUGUGUCGUUAUGCAUGUGAUUUACAACCAAUGCUUAAAGUAUUGGCAGGUCCACAUAAUAUUGAACGAUUAUUACAUUUUGAUGUAUCGGUAAGUAUUUAUGUGGUUUUAUUAAAUUGAUUUAUAAAAACAGUCAAAUAUUUAAUCUAAAUCUAUGCUAAUGCUUAUCACACAAAAUUUUCAAUGAAAAAAUUUCUUGCAUAUUUGAAUGUAGCUUAUUCAUUAUUCGUAUAGUUUAGCAAGAAAAAUAAUAUUGAAAUCUUUUAAAACAUUUUCUGACACGUUUUAUAAUUUAUCAAUUGGUUUAAAUCCUAAGUUUUAACAUAAACAAAUAAUUUUGUACUGAUAUAUCGAUGUACAGGAUGUUUCAAAAGUCCAAACGAUAAAAAUACGUGAAUAGCUCCUCAACAAUUCAAAGGACUCAAAUAUCUAUUACAGUUUGAUCACAUAUUCAUUAAAGUUUUAAGGUAAAAUAUCUGCACAUAAAAGAAGUCACUAUUAAAAUAGCUUUACUCAUGGUCAAAGUCGAAUAAGCCAGCAUUGUAAAGCGGUAACUACAGAUUGAAUUUGGAAAAAAAUCGCCAACUAAGCAUUGCAUUAGUAAUACAUUUGAACGAUUUUAUGAUACUAGUACUAUCGAAAAUCCAUGACGUUUUAGAAGAUGGUAGAGUAAUUACUAAAGAAAAAGUUAAUAAUACAUAA